ACAUCGACACCUCACAAAUGAGAAACAUAACGAGACACUGGUAACCAUCACCCACCAAUGUGAAGAUUAUGAAAGAUGUGAGAGCAUGGAGCUCGAUGACAAAAUCCGGGAUCUGAUAGCAGGCACCCCAGAGGCCACAUUCAGUCACAGAAAUGGCCACUCUUCAAAGACUCUCCGAAAAUCAACUGGCUCAUCUUCCCAGGACAUGGCUGCACGGAGCGGGUCAGGAGCUUAUACAGAGCAUGCGCAGUGUGCUCCAUCAAGAAGACAGGACUUGACAAGUUCUCUUGAACAAAAGAUAAGGCACUUAGAAAAACAGAGGCAAGAGCUCCUGGAAGUCAAUCAACAAUGGGACCAACAAUUCCGAAAUAUGAAACAGUUAUAUGAAAGAAAGGUCCUGGAGCUGAAAACGAAACUGGCAGCCACAGAAGACAUCCACAUCCUAGAGAAGAAACAGAAACAAAGCGUGACAGAGGGCGACAGGCAGCUAGAGGAGAAGGAAAGCCUAAGGGAAGAGUUGCAAGCCCUGAAGAGGGAGAAUAAGCUGUUGAAGGAAAACAAUGCUCUCGAGAGUAGGAAGAAAGAACAUUAUGCAUGUGAAAUUAAACGACUCAACAAGGCUCUUCAGGACGCCUUGACAAUUGGGAGCUCUUCUCUUUCUGAGGGCUCAAGGAAGUGUAAAGGCAGGUGCAGCCAUGCAGAGAUGAGGCCAAAGGUGGAAAGUCACAAGCAGCAGCCAGAGUAUCAGUGGAAUGUUCUUAACCAGCUUCCUCCACAUGUACAGCACAAGGCACAUGGUUUCUCCUCGGAAAGGAAAUUCAACCAAUAGAUGCACGCGCUAGCAGAGAUGAGCGAUGGGCUCUCAGCUGUGGCCACUUUGCUUCUGCAGGACAGCUAUGCAUGUUCUUCUCUGAGCUCUGUCCCUGGUUAUCUUCCUUGUGGCCCAAAUACAGGAAAAAUCAGGACCACUGAGACACGAGAGAGCCGAGAGACACUCCGUAACCAAGUCCCGAUUCUCUCCACAAAUGAGACAGGGCAGCUGAUUGCAUUACAUGCUGUUCCUCAAAACUCUCUUCAACUAACUGCUGAUGGGUUUUCAAAGAUGAUUCCAGGACUUACGUGACUUCAGCUAUGGUGUUGUGACGUUAUAUGCUGAUUUAGAAUGUACAGAUAUCAAGCCAGGCAAGGUGGCACAUUCCUGUAAUUCCAUGGGAAAGUUGAGGCAGGAGGAUUGCAAUGAGUUCGAGACCAGCCUGGGUUGCAACACAAGUGCCAGAUCAGCCAAUUCUCCAUCUCAUAAAAUUAAUAAUACACGAUAUAGUCUUUGGGAGAAAGCCUUCUUCCAUAAUGGCUAACUUAGUUCUUCAUCGAUUUGACAGUUAGACUAUUGAUGAGUAAUAAGUUCAUUAUUACUGAACUUUAAACUAAAUGAAUUUGAAUAGACAAUCAAAAGGCCUAUAGACUCCCCUGAUUAAAGGAGUGACACAAAUUGAAUAAAAUGAUAAACAUGAAACUGUCCUUCCAAUGGAUCACUUUAAAAAUUGUCAAAAGUCGUGAGCCUCUUUUGUCCUUAGGUAAAUUGGAUUAUGAAAGAGUAAUGUCCUGACAGGAUGGUGAUGGCCACCUUCUGUCUAUAUAUAGUUAACAGGAAUUGCCAAAUAUAUGCAUUGAAGUUCUGUCUCUUUGCCAUCUUGUGGAUUUGACCAGUGGUUUAAGAAAACUUAAUUAUGACUUUUUGAACUAAUUAACCUGAAAAUAAUACAUACCUAAGUUUUACUGCAGUUGAAUUACAAAGGAUCUAUCAGAUUUCUAAAAGAGUUCCUGUUUGUAAGAAUGAAUGUUCCUAACAAGAAUGUGACAUCUGCAAAUAUCUCACACUUCCAGAUGAACUUAAAUAAAACUAGGAACAUCCAGGGCAUGUGCAAAUAAAACAACCGGAUCUAUCUAGCUUCACUUCCAAAAUUAUGCGGCUUGUCUAACUCAAACUAUUUUUGUUUUAAUUUGUGGGUGCACACUGCAUAAUGAGAAGGUUAAAAAAAAAGUCUUAGGAAACUAAACAUUUUCCUUUUGGAGAAGCAGAAUGAUCCUGCCUCAUUAGUUUCCAAGCCCUUUGUUUAUGCAGCCAUUUAUCAGAAAGACAAGUCAUCCUUGGGCAUUACUUCAUGUAUUGAAAGGAAAAGUGAUGACUCAGGGCCCUCAAGACCAAGUUCUCAUCACAAAGGAGCUUUAUUUGCCCCAGAGGUACAGAAGGCAGGGAAUAAGAGACAAAGAGGGGGUUUAGGGACGAGAGAGUAGGGGAAGGUAACCAGGGAAAGGAGUCAGGGACAUUUGUCCUACAGGACAACAGACUGCCUCUGGAAAGAGGGGAAACAGAUGAGGCCAUAGACAAAUAAAUGGUGGCUUAUAAAGGUAAAAUGGGAAACCUCAUGUUAGAAUGAGGUGUUUAAUUUUAAUUUGGCAAGUUAAUUAGGUGAGCCAAAGGGGGCUUUUGAUUGCUGAACUUCAGUACCUUGAUUCAGCUACUUUGGUGGUCAGCCUCAGGAGGAGGGAUUGGCCACAUAAGGGAGUAGACUUUGGUGGAUAGCUUUAGGAAUAUAAUCUAAUGGUUUUUAGCAAGGCAGGGGGAAUGGGCGAGAAGGGCAAGGCCUGCCAGAGCCACAUGCUAGCUACAGUAGGCUAGUAUCCCUUCAAGUAUUUCAGAAAAACAACUGUCAGCUCUAAGAAGGCAUACGGCAUAUUGGAAUUCCAUUUCUUCAGAUUGUUAAGAAAAUCAUUGUAAUGUCUGUUUCUCCCGAUAAAUUAAGUCUAUGAAGCAAGAUGUGCUUAUAGAAUAAAAAAUGUACACAUAAGAAAACCCUCUUCACAGGCCAGUAACUAAUGUCUGCAGCAAUAAAAUAUAGUUUAACUAUCCAACUUGACCCUAUUACCAAUUAACAAGGUGCUCAACACUGUCAAGAAUGCAUAAAUGUUAACCUAGGGGAGGAAUAGCCUAAGUUAAUAAGAACUAAUUUCAUUUUUCUCCCAGGGUGGGGGGACUGCAAGUGUGAAAAGGGAACCCUUUAUGCAGAAUCAAACUGUUCCAGAGAGAUUUCAAUCCCCACUCUUCCUAAGUCCCUCUCCCCAGUAACAUGUCUGGAGAAUUCCCUGCUUGGGAUCAUAAUAAGGUUCAUUACCUCAUAUCUGUGGCUCUAUUUUAUUUUCACAUAGAGUUUGUAGACAUUAGUGAGGAACAGCUGUGUUGCUUUGAAAGGAAAGGAGGUCAUGAUGCCUGUCUGAGGACGGAAACAUGAAAGUAGGCACACUUCAAGGCUCUGGGUGAUCAUGGAGAAUUUGAUCUUCAGCUUGAAGGUAUCACAUGAAGGGAGACAUGUGUUCUUUUUGUUUUGGUUGUAACGUGUUUAGAAGAAAACUGCAGGUAUGGUAACACCUGGGGCAGAGGUCAGCCUUGCUUCCUCCUUGCUGGCUUCCCUCUGUUUUAUUCGCUUUAGGCUUUAUUUUCUGUGGUGUAGUGUAUUCACUGAGCUCUGACACCACCAAGAGAAGCAUAAUGAUGUACUUGUGAUGGCUGAUCGAUCUGAAGCUCACAAAAGAUCAGUAAUUUUCCCAGAGGCACGUGACCAGGAGGGGACAGAGCCAAGAUUCAAAACCGAGCACAAAAGGGAGGCCCAGGUGUGUACAUGUCACAGCUCUGUUUUCUAGGAUACUCCAGAAUGUUCUGUCCACUGUG